GUCUCCCUCCCGGCUCCGCGUCCCGGAACCAGCCCCGCCGCCCCCGGCGCCGCCACCUGCCGCCCCCGCCGGCAGCAUGACAGCGGCCGCCGCCGCCCGCAGGUGACGCCCCGCGGGCCCUUCCGCCGCCGCCUCCUAUAUGGGCCACCUGCUCUCCAAGGAGGCCAGCAGCCUGAGCCGGGACAGCGGCGGCCGCCGCCGCCGCCGCGGGAGGAAGGUGCCGCCGCGCAGCCGGAGCUGCUUCCUGCGCGGGCCCUGCAUGCUCUGCUUCAUCGUGCACGGCGCCAGCUCGCCCGCCCCGGAGCCGCCCCUGCCCGCCGGCGACCCGCUGCUGCCGCCGCCGCCCUACGCGGCCCUCGCCGCCGCCGAGCAGCGCGCCGCGCGCCGCCUCCUCCGCCUGCCGCCCGCCGUCUGGGAGCCGCGCGGCCGCUGCCGGCGCCUCCUUCUCUCGGGCCUGCUGCCCUCGCCGGUGCGAGGCCUCCUGGGGCCGGCCGGGCCGCCCGGCGAGGCCGUCUCCGAGAUGGUGUGCAAGCGCAAGGGGGCCGGCCUGCCCGCCUGCCCCCCCUGCAAACAGCCGCGCUGCGCCGCCGGCGCGGCGGAGCCCGAAGCCGCCGCCUGCCAGUGCCCCGCGGAGCCGCAGCCCUGCGCCCUGCCCUCGGCCGCCGACGGCGCGGGGAGCGGCGGGGCCGCGCCGCCGAGGUGUCCCGCCGGGAGCGGCGGCGGCGGCGGGGGGCGGUCGUUAUCGCCGCCGCCCCCUCCCGCCGAGGACGAGAGGGAGAAGGAGGGAGUGAAGGAGCGGAGCGGCGAGGCGAGCUGCGAGGAGCCGCUGGAGCACCCGCCAGGAGACGGCUGCCGGGAACCGCCGCCGCCGCCCGACAUCAACCAGCUGCCGCCCUCCAUCCUGCUUAAGAUAUUUUCCAAUUUAUCCCUGAAUGAGCGCUGCCUUUCAGCAUCAUUAGUUUGUAAAUAUUGGCGUGACCUGUGUUUAGAUUUUCAGUUUUGGAAGCAGCUGGAUCUGAGUAGUCGCCAACAGGUCACUGAUGAAUUGUUGGAAAAGAUAGCAUCAAGAAGCCAGAAUAUUACUGAAAUUAAUAUUUCUGACUGCCGCAAUGUAUCCGAUACAGGAGUUUGCAUAUUAGCAUGUAAAUGUCCUGGACUGCUAAGGUAUACUGCUUACAGGUGUAAGCAGCUUUCUGACGCCUCUAUCAUGGCAGUUGCCUCUCAGUGUCCGCUUCUUCAGAAAGUACACGUAGGCAAUCAAGACAGACUCACUGAUGAAGGUUUAAAGCAGCUGGGUUCAAAAUGCAAAGAAUUGAAAGACAUUCAUUUUGGUCAGUGUUACAAGAUCUCAGAUGAAGGAAUGAUUAUUAUAGCUAAAGGCUGCCUGAAGUUGCAAAGAAUAUACAUGCAAGAGAACAAAUUAGUGACAGAUCAGUCAGUGAAAGCAUUUGCUGAACACUGUCCUGAGCUGCAGUAUGUUGGUUUCAUGGGCUGCUCCGUUACAUCUAAAGGAGUAAUUCACCUCACUAAUCUAAGAAAUCUUUCCAGCCUGGAUCUACGUCAUAUCACAGAACUGGAUAAUGAGACAGUGAUGGAAAUAGUGAAGAGAUGCAAAAACCUUAAUUCCCUCAAUCUGUGUCUGAACUGGAUCAUUAAUGACAGGUGUGUGGAGGUGAUUGCCAAAGAAGGCCGGAACCUGAAAGAACUGUAUUUAGUAUCCUGUAAAAUCACUGACUAUGGCAUACAUUUUGAGGGUGUCCAAACUUUUUGCUUGCCCGGGCUGCAUUGAGUGAAGAGGAAUUGUCUUGGACCACGUAUAAAAUAUAUAAUAUAGUUAAUGUAAGUAAGUAACAAAGCAUAAAAAGGAGGGUAAAAAGAGGAAGGUUGGACAUGUAUAGUCUACAUGGAGCUGUUUUGAUAAAGCAUUUUUUUUGUCUAUAAUGGAAAAAGGAGAAAAAACAGAUCAGAAAGAUGCAUCAGCUUUUUAUUUUUCCUUGAUGAUGUUCAACAAUUUUUAUAUAAACAGAACUUGUUUUCUUUACCAUACUCUGUUCUUGUCAGAUAAUUAAAGGGGAAUUAAGCAACCAUUCUGAUCAAACACCAUUACUGGAAAGAGCGGUAGUGGGAUGAGAAGACAAAAGAAAUGCAUUUUGUCCCUUAGUCAAUAAAAACUCAGGAACACCUUGAAACUAAUAGAGACUGUAAACCAAAAGAAACCUAAUUCACACAGGUCUCUACUCCCCCUGAAAUCCAUAUUUUCUUAUGAGCUUAUGAUUUAUGAUCAGUUAUGAUUUGCACAGGUUUUGCAAAAGAGGCUAAAAGAAACCCUGACUUUGUAGCUUCACAAAAUCUUUCUGUGAUCUCAUGUGAAGUAGUUUUCUAACACCCAUUUAUGUGCACUUUUAUGCAUUUGCAUAUAUAUGACUGCAUAUGCAUAUACAAAUAUGCACACAGAAGAAAAAUAUAUCGAAUGAAUACUCAUAGUAUUUGUUUCUUAUGUAAUCACAAAUUAAAAAACACCUUUGUCUUUAAGGGAAAAGGAAGAAGAGUAAAUAUCAGUUUAAAAUAAAUUUUCAAUGUGUGUGACUUAUUUCUAGUGCACUUGGACAUCUUAUAAAUAAAGUACAUUGUUGGUGAAUUUCCUCACGUGCAUUCUUGAUAUGUCUUUAAUCAAAAUAAAAAGGCAAACUAUGUAUUGUUUCUGGUAAAAUAAAAUACAAUUUGAUUACUCUCUGCUAAUGCAUAAUACCACUUAAUUUGAUUUUAGGAGUAGGAAGGUCUCUAAUGGAAGGGAAAUGGACUGCAUAAAUUAGGUGCACCCUCUUAUAUUUACCUCCAUUCAUCCAAUUGUAAAUAUUGCUUCUGGUACCAAAGAAGUAACAAUGGUGAAUUGUAAGCAAUUUUGAGAAACAUAUCAGAAAUAUGAAGGCACAAAACAUCUUUCAAAUUUAUGAAGUGACUGAAUCUCAUUGAGUAUCUAACUGCAUUGUGGUAUAUUAAAAUGGAAAAAGGAAAGAAGAAAGGAGAAAAGAGAAAGGAGAAAGGGAAGGGAGGGGAAAGGAAGGGAAGGAAAGGGAAUGGAAGGAAAAGAGAAAGGAAAGGUAGGGAAGGGAAGGAAGGGAAAGGAGAGGAAAGGGAGGAGAAGGGAAGUAAAGGUAGCAAAGGGAGAGGAAGGGAAGGGGAGGGGAGGAAAGGAAAGCAAAGGAAAGGAGAAAGGAAGGGAAUGAAAAAAAAGGAAAAAGGAAAAAAAGGGGGAAUUUGGAAAGCUGUGGGAUUAAUGAUAAAACCCAUAACGAGUGAACAGUUUGUCAGUUCAUGGAGUUUUAAUUAAAUGGGUUAUUUGGGAAGAUUCGUUGUUUCAGAUAGCAUGCAGAAUCUCUGUUUGUUGUUGUGGUGGUGGGUUGUUUUUUGUUUUUUUUUUAGUAAAAUAGGUACACCUAUCCACACAUCUGUGCUCUGAUUCUUUUGUAAGAUGCUCAUGAUUCUCUACUCAUUGUAUUUGCAACUUUGUUUAUUGUCACUCAUCUGAUUACAAAAGAUUCCAGUAGUAGAGAUUUUGAAGCUCCUUGCAGUUUGCAGAUAAAAAGUCCAUAAUCUUGAAUCAAGAUAUAACAAAGAAGCAUUUGUGUAGUUCCUAUGGGAAGUGGCUUAGAAGUGCACACAGAAAGUUAAGCUUAUUACUGUACUUGAUAAUGGAGCCACUGACAGGUCUUUUGUUAAAUGAGUGUUGGUGCACAUCAGAUUUGUGAAAGAUGGAAAGCCUUGUUGUUUUUUUUUUUGCUGACACAGACUUUAAAUCUUGAACAUAUGAUGAUACGACACAGGGAAUAAAAGCAGCAUUAGAUGUGUUGGAAUGAAAGCAAAAGAACUCAAAAUAAAACCAUUCAGUCACAGCAAAUAACAUGUGCAGCCAAAAUUUGGAGAAAAAAAAAAAAAAGCCAUGUAUUUUUGCUGUCAGUUGGACCCUCAAGCUGUUCUUAAACUCAAAAAAAAUUCUGUCUGUCUUUCCAAGUUUUUGUUGAUAAUGUGAAAACAAUUCUGCUACUUUGUUUAGUAUCAGAUCAUGGAAACUUUCAACUCUAUUGAUGGUCUUGUUGCAUGCUUGCUCUGUUCUGGAGAUGCCAACCUGAGGCAUGACAGAUGAGGGUGAUGGAGAACCUGAACAGGUUGCCCAGGGAAGUAGUCAAAUCUUCUAUGGAGAUAUUCAAGACCCAUGUGGACACAUACCUGUGUGACCUACUGUAGGGAACCUGCUGUAGGAGUGAGGUUGGACUCGAUGAUCUCUAGAGGUUCCUUCCAACUCCUGCUGUUCUGUGAUUCAGUGAUUCCAGACUUGAAAGGAAGUUGGAAUCAAACUUUGUCCAUUUCAGAUUUUGGUUAUGAUAUUUCUGAAUUUCAGCUACAUUGUAUACAGAAUGUGAUUGUAGUUGCCCUCUGACGUAGAUGUGCUUGCUUUUCUCUUUCCUAACAUUUUCAUAAGGACAGCAUAGGUAAUUUCAACCUCCUUCAAAGUUUAGAGUCAAACCAGAUUUUCUGUGGAGGGCCAGCCAGAUUGCUCAUAUGCUGCCAGGCAUUACCGAUGUUCCUUGCUAAUAACAGAGAAGAAGAGGUGUGCAAAAAUUUGAUUAGUUUACUUGAAGGUAUAGCAAGCAACUUCAGCUAGAGAAAUGUGGGCUGUGUCAUGGAGAGCUCUGAGAUGAGACCCUUGAGAAAACUAAUAAGGGAACAGAAGAUGCUGAGGCUGGAAAGUAGUCAUGCAUUAAAGUGUAGAUUAUUUGAUCUCAGAAGUAGGAGGAACUGCAAGUAUGGAGUGAGAAUGGUAGGCAGAGGUUCUGUGUCAGGAUGAGGGGGACAGCCAGUCUUUGCUUGGGUGAAAGAAUACGCACACAGGUUAAUCUUGUUUCCUGUACAGGAAUGCUGAAUUCCUCCCACAUUCAGUUUCUCUGUUGCUAUCAGAAAAAGAGUGUGUAAUGGUGCUCUCAAUAAGCAAUCCUACUCAUUUCCCAAGUUUUAUACAUUAAAUAAAUCUUAUCUCCAUUAUGAUAGAUGUCCAAAAAUUAGAAAAUGUUCAAAUUUGGAACAAUGACACUUCUUGUUGUCUGAUGCACUGUGAAACCCAUUCUUUUGUUUUUCAUAGCUCUGUCUAUUUAGCAUUGGUAUUUUGAAAAAACAGAAUGUUGCAGACCAUGUGGUACAAAUACUGACAGGAAGAUAAUUGUCUUGCUGUGGUAGUUUAUUGGAGUUAGACAUUUUUUUACUUACUGGGUUCUUUUAUAUUCUUAGCAACCAUUUCCU